CUUUGCUUGGUUGCUGAGAGGCGGGGCUCCUCGACUGCUCCGGAGGUAGCGGCCGCCGUGAGGAGAGCCAUGAAUCAGGCAGUCAAGGUUUUACAGCUGUUUAAAACACUGCACAGGACCAGACAACAAGUUUUUAAAAAUGAUUCCAGAGCAUUAGAAGCAGCCAGAAUAAAGAUAAAUGAAGAAUUCAAAAAUAAUAAAAGUGAAACUUCUCCUAAGAAAAUAGAAGAGCUAAUGAAAAUAGGUUCUGAUGUUGAAUUGCUACUCAGAACAUCUGUUAUACAAGGUAUUCACACUGGCCACAAUACACUGAAACUGGUCCCUAGGAAAGACCUUCUUAUAGAAAAUGUGCCAUAUUGUGACACACCAACUCGGAAGCAAUGAGUUUUCUAGGAUAAAAUAAGUCUUUGCACUUUUUAACUUUAAAAUCUGUAACACUGGCAAAAUCCUGGGAAUGUAGACAUCUUUCUCUGAACUGGCAUAUUGAAGAUGAAUGAAUUACAGAAUAACUUUAUAUUUAAAUUUCAUGUUGAAAGGUCAUUACUGAGAACUGAAGAACAUAAUUAAGUAUUUCUAAAGGAAAUAAGGAAACAUUUCAUUUUGUUUGAAAAUCAAAUGCCAUAAAGCAAAAUAAAUGCUUAGGGAGAUACAUUCACUUCUCUCUGACCUUGAUGAAUAUUUGGUCUUGCCAUAGCUAUUUGAGAAUGUGGUGUUUUUACAAGUUGGUGAGAUUUUUUCCCAUAUGAAAUGCAAUUAUUAGAUUUAAAUUAUUAGAUGAAAAUGAUAUUUAGUCCUGAAAAAUAUUAAAUUGU